CCUUCACCUCAACGCUGGUGUUUUGCGGACAUUGUCCAAGACUAUGCCCGCAACCUCCAUCUACCUAUAUCAUUAGGCUGUUUGUCAAUUUUGCUUCCGCCUCAGGCCUGUACAGUCGAGCAUCGUACAAAAUCGGCGACGCUCUGUACUCUACUUCUACCUCCUCCACGGCCAUGCACCGACUUUCAGUGCCGACAUUGUCGCAGAUACCAUCCCUGUCCGGCAGCAGCGGAUCAGGUUCGAUACCCCCUUCAGGCUUAUGCACUCCUAGCGACGAUGGGCCAAUGCAUUCAAGUGCUGGAGAUGUAUUCUCGAAGGCACUCUCCGGGAGCAUGGAGGACCUGUUCGCCACUCCUCGGCAGCAGUAUGGGCUACCGGCGUCGAUCGACGAUGCGGAUACAGCUAUAGCGGUCAGUCCUCCGGCACAUCGACGAAGACGCCCCGAAAACAGACCGAGGCCCGAGAGCCCUUCGUCCACUAGCGCAAAGCUGGACGAGGCACAGCUUGAGGUGUCUUCGGAUUUACUACUUGCGAGCCUCCAUGCACCAGAUCACAACCCUCCCACCAUCAGUACAGAGCCCUGGACGCCGAGGCGCGUGCUCUCUGUAACUAUCAAGAUACUCUUCUUUCUGCCCUGGUGUGUCGCGGUCGGCGGGGCGAUCCUCCUUUCACCUCAGCACCUGGAGCUGGUGGCCUUCCGCACCGGCUACGUCUCCCACGAGCGCGGCCCCCAUCGUUCGGCAUUGGGCCGAUACGGGACCUGGGCCGUCGCCGCCAUGCUCGCGCGCGGCGUCUACGUGUGGCACGACUUCCGUGUGGACCUCACUGUGCCGCUCGGCGAGGACGACAGGCAGAGUCUGUACCUGGCGUUGACAAG